AUGCAGUUCCCGCACCCCGGGCCGGCGGCGGCGGGCGCCGUGGGGGUGCCGGUGCCGCUGUACGCGCCCACGCCGCUGCUGCAGCCCGCGCACCCCACGCCCUUCUACAUCGAGGACAUCCUGGGCCGCGGGCCCGCCGCGCCCGCCCCCGCCCCCGCGCUGCCGUCCCCCAACUCCUCCUUCACCAGCCUCGCGCCCUCCUACCGGACCCCGGUGUUCGAGCCCACGCCGGUGCACCCCCCCGCCGCCUUCCCGCACCCCUCGGCCGCCGCGCUGGCCGCCGCCGCCGCCGCCGCCGCCUACGGACCCGGCGGCUUCGGGGGCCCCCUGUACCCCUUCCCGCGGACGGUGAACGACUACACGCACGCCCUGCUCCGCCACGACCCGCUGGGCAAACCUCUGCUCUGGAGCCCCUUCCUGCAGAGGCCUCUGCAUAAAAGGAAAGGCGGCCAGGUGAGGUUCUCCAACGACCAAACCAUCGAGCUGGAGAAGAAGUUUGAGACACAGAAAUACCUCUCCCCGCCUGAGAGGAAGCGUCUGGCCAAGAUGCUGCAGCUUAGCGAGAGACAGGUCAAAACCUGGUUUCAGAAUCGACGCGCUAAAUGGCGGAGGCUAAAGCAGGAGAACCCUCAGAGCAGUAAAAAAGAGGAACUGGAAAGUUUGGAGGAUCCCUGCAGCCAGAGGCAGGACUUGCCCAGUGAACAGAACAAAGGUGCUUUGGAUAGCGCUCAGUGCUCGCCUUCCCCUGCCUCCCAGGAAGACCUGGAGUCCGAGGUUUCAGAGGAGGAUUCUGACCAGGAAGUGGACAUCGAGGGCGAUAAAGGCUAUUUCAAUGCUGGAUGA